AUGCUGGAGAGAUGCGCUCUGGUUUUCCGCCUCGCCGCGAUCGCUUCUCUUCGGGUGUCGUCCUCCUUCGCCUUACAAGGCUGCGCGCGAAGCUCCCCCUCCUCGUUCUCGUAGGUGGCAGGGGGCGGAGUUCCUGGCGCCGAGGUUUUGGGACCCUGCUUGGCUCUUCCCUCCCAGAACCGAGCGCGGCGGCCGCAGCUGGUCCUGCGCUCCGGACCAAAAACCGCCGCCGCUGCCGCCUGCCGACUCCGACGCGUGCCCAGCAGCUGCAGAGAGGUCGCCUUUUGCAAGCUUCCAUGUGUACCCGGGCCGGAUCGGCGCAGGCAGCUUCCGUUGGGAAUGAAGAAGUAACAAGAAGUAGUUCCAUCUCUGCCAUACCGGGAAUCUUAAGGAUAAAAGAAGUGAGUCUGACGGUGCUUAUGGAAGAUUUCCUUGGACUCCAAGGUUCCUGGGACUGAGGAAAUACCUACAGAUCUCCAAAGCUAGUACAUCAGGUGGCGGAUUUUGUUCCAAGUUCCUUUGGGUCAUCAUGACUGGGAAAAUGGCCUCUAGCCUGACUUAUACCGGAGCGAUCUGGGCCUUGCUUUCCUUCCUUUGUGCUGGAGCCACCUGUGUGGGUUUCUUCAUGCCUUAUUGGCUGCUGGGUUCUCAACUGGAGAAACCAGUCUCUUUUGGCACUUUCCGGAGAUGUUCCUAUCCUGUUCGAGAUGAGAGCCGCCAGAUUACAGUCAUGGUGGAGCAGUGUGGACGUUACGCAUCCUUCCAGGCCAUUCCAAGUGUGGAAUGGCAGAUCUGCACAGUGGUGACCGGUUUGGGCUGUGGCCUCCUUCUUCUAGUGGCCCUCACUGCACUUAUGGGAUGCUGUGUAUAUGAGCUGAUCUCCAGGACUGUGGGCAGGGUGGCUGGAGGCAUCCAAUUCUUGGGGGGUUUGUUGAUUGGUUCUGGGUGCGCUCUCUAUCCUCUGGGCUGGGACAGUGAAGAAGUCAGACAAGCCUGUGGCAAUCUUUCCGACCAGUUUGAACUAGGAACCUGUGAAAUUGGCUGGGCUUACUAUUGUACAGGAGGAGGAGCUGCAGGGGCAAUGUUGAUAUGCACUUGGCUGGCCUGUUUCUCUGGCAAGAAACAAAAACAAUAUCCUUAUUAAAGCCAGAGCAAAACAGAACAAAAGAAAACAGUUUUGGGGCUGGGGUGGGGUGGGGUGGGAGAACAGUUUGUAUGUUUUCUUGAGAAGAGGCAUAUUAACUCUUUAUUGUAGCCAGAUAAAUGCAAGCAAGAGUCAGUGAAGUUGGAACCGAUGUGUGAUAUACUGUGAAAAGGAAGGAGGUUCUCUGGGUCUUAAGGAGGAUCUCAGGACUGAGAAUCUUGUGGCUGGGGGGCUAAAUUCUAAAUGCAUUCUUCCUAGCCGGUUAUGGGCAUCGUCCAACCACAUGAAGUAUCCCCUCUCAUGAAGGGUGGGGAAAAGCAAUGGGAUUUUAGCACAUCAUCAAUUGAAAAGAGUUGAAAAACCUUGUCUUCAAAGACAAGGAUUGGGCUUCAGAAAAGUUUCUCAGCAAAUAGAGAAGAAAGGGAGUGUUUCUUCUCCUUUGUAACCUGCUUGUACUGUGGAGCAAGUGCCAAUUUUCUUAGAAGUGUGGCUAUCACUUGCGUAUCUAUAGGGAGACCUGUUUUUAGGCCUUAACACGGUUUGCCUUUAAGGGCAUAACGGGGCUGGCGGAUUGGCCUUUUGCAGAGUAUGGGGGGUUUUUUUCCCUCCUCGAAUUUGAAUCUGAAGUAGGUCGGGGCCUUCUUUUUGUGGGACUCUAAAAGCACAGCUUCCUACAUUUGCACAGACACUUUCCCCUCAAACAUACACAACAAAUAUUAGCCCCGUGGAUCAGGUUAGUGUGUGUGUGGUUUUUUUUAAAUGUACAGCCUUCAGGUAUUUGACCAAUCUGCCUGUAUAUGUGUAUGUUUGUGCGUGUGUGUAAUACAAAGCAGUUUGAGCAGUAAAUUGCUGUGGCAGUUACUGUUACUCAGGCAAAUUUCUAAAGCCAAUAUAAAUCUUGUCACCUCUGCCUAAAAGCACAGAAAUUCACUCCAGACAUUCCUUUGUCUUCACCUAUACAUAUUACCAGCUCAUUGUUUCAUUUACAGAUUACAUACAGAUUUGGCCAAAUUAUCUAUUUUAUAAAAGCCUGGGUAGUGAAAUUCAUCUGCUUUUUCAAAUGAGAAAAAAAACAAACUGAUUUUAAUGGACAGUUGGAAACAGUAAGCUGGUGGGUGUAGAAUGAAUUUAAGACCAUAUGAACAUAUUCUUCAACUUCCAAAUGCCUCAAGGCAGAUUUUCACAUCACAAAAAUUUUUCAUAUCACACACCUGUAGUGUGAAGUGUGAUCAUCCCUAAUUUUCAUACAAUUGUACGCAUUCAAAAGACUUUUCAUCCAAAUGAACAAAGCCACAUACAUCGUUUCAAUGUAUUUUCCUUUGAACUUCCUUUCCCUAUACAUUUAAAAUAUUUAUUAAGAAUUUUUUCCCCAUAGAUUUAAGGACAAAUUUUAAAAGAAAGAAAUGCAAGGUAGAGAAAAGCGGGGGGGGGGGGGGACCUAAAUUUAAAGGAUAUAUGAUUUCUGACAUGCUUUUCAACAGAUAAUCUUAUUAUCCUUCCUCCCUCUUAGAUAUUAUAUGUCCCCUUCAGCUCCUUAUUUAAUCCCCAUCUUUCUUAAUCUUCACCAAUGAACUUCCAUUUUCAUCUAUGAUCAAGCAUACACACUCUAUGCCUUUUUAUUAAGCUUAGUACACACAAACCUCUCUCCUUUUUCAGGUAAUUAAAACAAGAAAAAGGGAACAUUUCCCAUCCAUGCCAAGCUUUCCCUCUACUUCUUCCCUUGGAGAGAAUUAACGUAUAGUAUAAAUAUGCCCUUUUCUCCUCUCUUUUCUUCAUAUAUUUACUGGGAAGGACAGCAGGGGAAGUGCCACUACCUCUGCUUCAUAACUCUUUAUGUGAAGGGAAGGGUUGCACAAUGCUUGCUGCAAUGCAAAAUCUGUUUUACGUAGACAGAGCACACCUAUUUCAAUGAUGCACAAGGCCACAAAGGUCAGGCCACCACUUUUACUGGGCCAGUUUUAUUUCUUUGCAACCACUACAUUCCCUGCGUAUCUUAUCAUUGCCAUGGGAUGCAAAGGCUGCAACCAGAAAUGUUCCAACCCAAAUAUUUCAGAAGGGAUCGGAUCCGCAAAACGGAGUUGGAACAUUCAGGGACCAGGCUUUGCCUCUCCCACUCCAUUGCAUUAGGGGGGGAAAGACCCCCCCAAUACCCAUACUGUGGAAUAGAGCAGUUGCAAUAAGUACUCUGUGCACUUAGUUUGUUUUUGUGUGUGCGUGUGCGUGUGAUAAAUUUGAAUUUCAGUAUUAUGCCACAUUUUAAACAAACGACUCUAAUGGACUUAUGGGCCAUUUUUUCCCCAGUAUUUUAUAUAGUGUAGAUGUGAUCUCAAGUUUUAUUGUCAUUUUCAGAACUAUAUCAAUUUUAUUAAUCUCAACAUUUUCUAUGUUAUUAAAAAUGCAAUAUUAUACUCAGCAUAUGUAGCCUUUUAGAUAAAGAGUAUUCCUACGAAGGGACACCUCUGUCCAGUGACACUAAUGUGUAUGGCACAGUAGAAUAUUACUACUUAUACAAGGGCAAUGAAAAGCAUCUUCCAGGUUUUAUUACUAAUACUGUUAGUAAUUAUUGUUGUAUUGUGCUGUAUUGUUUAUUUUAAUAUUCAUUUUUAUAACGCAAUAUAAUACGUACUAUUUUGUUAGUACUUUAGAAUCUGUAUAAAUAAAUGUCUUCUUCAACUGUACAA